GUUGAAAAUAAAAUAAACAUGGAUCGUAAUAAUCGUUUUCCACCCUAUGAUAGAACACCUCCAAGACAACAACAACAACAGCCACUUUAUGGAGGAAUUCCACAACAACAGCCACAAAACUUUCGUCGUGAUGAAUAUGAUGGUGGUAAUCAAAGUGGAAACAUGAGUCGUAAUAGAGGAGGAGGGGGUGCUAUGAGAGAUCAUAGAGGAAGGCGAGGUAAUAAUGACAAUAAGCCAUACAAUAAAAGAGGACACCGUUCUGGUAACUUUAAAGGAAAAAAUGAGUAUCAAGAUGAAGCUGAUCAAUAUGGAUAUGAUGAUGAUAAUUCACGUUUACCUCCUCAUAUUGAAUCAAGAGUAGCCCGAGAAAAGCCUUGUAGAACAUUAUUCGUAAGAAAUGUUCAGUAUAAUACUCCUGAGAAUGAGAUUAGAGCUUUGUUUGAAAAAUAUGGUGAAGUGAAAGAUGUAUUUAAUUUAAUUGAAAAUAGAGGCAUGAUUUUUAUUACCUAUUAUGAUGUUCGUGCUGCUGAGGAUGCUAAGAAAGCAAUGCAGGGAGUAUAUUUAAGUGAUAGAAAAAUUGAUGUACAUUAUUCUUUACCAAAAGAAGAGGAGGAAAAAGCAAGAUGUGAUAGAACUAAGAAUCAGGGUACUUUACUUUAUACUCUUAAGAAUUCAAGUACUGAGUUAGAUGAUAAUGAGUUACAUACAUUUUUCUCUCAAUUUGGUGAAGUUAAGGCUAUUCGUGUACCCCAUUUCAAAAAAAGUACAGCUCAUCAUUAUAACCCAAGUGAAAGAAAUCAGCAACGAUUAGUUGAGUUUUAUGAUUCAAGAGCUUGUGUUGAUGCAUAUGAUGCAACUUAUGAUAAAGAAUAUAAGGGCGGUAAAUGGGAUGUUGCAUUCUUUUGGGAUCAUCCAUAUAAGGAACGUGCUAAUGCCCAUAUGAGAAGGGAAAAAAAUCAAGAUAGAGGAGAUGAUGGUAGAGGUAGAAAGCGUAAUAAUAAUGAGCCUCCAAUGAGACAUAGUAGUCGUGACAAUUAUAACAUGUAUCGUAAUGAAGAUAAUAGUCGUUAUCCUCCUCCUCCUCCUCUUCCUCCCAUUUCCUCGCAUUAUAGUAACCUAGAUCCUAGAUUACAAUAUAAUCCAUCACUUUCGCAACAACAACCAUCUAAUUUUGCUGGACCGUCAACUAUUAUGCCUGAUGGACAGAGACUUGAACAAGCGCAGAAAGCGCAACAAAUAUUAUCAAUGUUAGCUCAAACACAGCAACAACAACAACCACAACAUGCUCUACAGCAGCCAGUAGCUACUUCACUCACAUCUCCUUUCCAACCCACAAAUAUUCAAUCACCUCCUGUUCAACAACAAGCGCCUUCAAUAGCUUCAUUUGUUCAACCCGUUCCUCCUACAGAGGACCAAGCUUCUCAAGUUCAACAGUUGCUAGGUUUAUUGAAUCAAGCUGCUCAGCAACAGCAACAGCAACAGCAGCAGCAACAACAACAGCCACCACCAGUACAGCCACAAGCUGUUAUGCCAUCUAACGUAGCUCCUAUCCCUGGUAUGGAUCCUGCAACUGCUUUGUCUCAAUUAGCUGCAUUGAUUCAACAGCAACAACAACACCAAAACCAAUAAGAUAUAUAUAUCUGUGUGUGUAUUUAUUCUAUAGCUUUUAGUUACAAGUUAACAUUAGUUAUAGUUUUAAGCCUAUAUAAAAAAAAUGUAUUAUAUAAGCAAACUAUGUAUUUUUUUUUUCAGCGCAACCCGCAAUCUAGAUGAAUGGAUACUUGUGUGAUAAAAAUAGUUACAAAAUAUUUUUGACGUUUUUUUUUAGUAGUAGUUUGG